CCAUAAAAAAAAGCAUUUAUUGCCCUUUACAACAUGCUAACAACCCACAUGGUCAGUCAUAUCUCUCAGCACUGCGCACAGAGAGGGAAACGCAACUACACGUCUUCCUUAAGUGAUAGAAGCAAAAUGCUAAAAUUGGAAUUGAUAAUAAUGUGUUUUGGAUAAAAUAACCAGCGGAUGGCGUUACUGCUUGGCACAGUGUGGCUGCUUUUGGCCCGAAAUUUGCUAAUUAGCUCGGUGUUUGUUAGUGCUUGUUCACAUCAGGAGUUUACCUGCCGUCAGGGACUUUGUGUGGCGUUGGACUCCGUGUGUGACUUCACCGACGACUGUGGAGACGGCAGCGAUGAAGAAAACUGUUCUGCGUAUACAAGAUGUGAUUUCGAGGAGAGUUUCUGUGAUCUGAUCCAAAACUCGGAGUCCCUCUACAGAUGGACCAGAACAGCAGAGGCCCCAGGACUAAAACAGGACCACAGAAACGCCUCAGCACAUUUUCUGUCGCUUUCACCCACUGGAGGAAAAAAGAUCACUGCAGAACUGAGGAGUCCUGUCUUCCUGCCUACUCAUGGCUGCCAGAUACGUUUCUACCACUAUGCUGGGACAGCACAUGGAGAGCUUCAGAUCCUCCUGCAGCCUCAUUUGGUGGCUCAGAGCUCUGAACUCUGGAAACACUCCACUCAACUGGAGAAGGGAGCAUGGCUGCGGGCAGCGGUUCACUUCUCCAGCAAUCAGCGCUUUCAGGUGGUAAUUCGAGGCGAACUUUCAGCCAGCAGUGAAGCAUCUGAGGUCCUAGCCGUUGAUGAUUUGUCUUUCAGUCCUGGAUGUGUCAUUCUGCCUGAGGGCAGAGUCCUCACUGCACCUCCCUGCCCUCCUUCAUGGUUCACCUGCGCUAGAGGGGGGUGUAUCGAGGAGAGCAAAGUGUGUGACUUCUCACCAUAUUGUUCCCAUGGAGAAGAUGAAGACAGAUGCCCUUCUGAGUGUGACUUUGAGGACGGUUCAUGCGGCUGGUAUGAGCUCACUCCUGGAGAUGGGUUUGACUGGAUCAGGGGCUCAUCUGACAAGGUACCGCCGGACUACUAUGGUCACCCACCCCUACCGGACCACACUACCAACAGCACUAAAGGUCAUUACAUGUUUAUACUGAGAAACAGCAGUAGUCUGCAUCCAAAUGCUGUUCUCAUUGGACCCUGGUUCCAGCAAUCAGCCUCGGGAUGCACCAUGACCUUUUGGCAUUAUAACUCAGGUGUAUCUGUGGGCGCUGCUGACAUGUACCUCCGAUUCAAAGGAGUUCAAAACAAGACCGUCAUAUGGACGACCCUGUACGAUCAAGGGAGACGGUGGAACCGGGUCACCAUUCAGCUGGGGCGCAUCACUCAGCCCUUCCAGAUUGCUUUGGCCAAAAUCAGCCUCGGCGUGUUCGACGGAGUCUCCGCCUUCGACGAUGUCUCCUUCAAGAACUGUUCGAUGCCGCCGCCAGUGGCCGUGUGCCCCGAGCACACGCAUUUCCACUGCGUGCACACCAGAGCGUGUGUGGAGCACCUGCGGCUCUGUGACCUUGUGGACGACUGUGGGGACGGCUCGGAUGAAGAAGGGUGUUCUCCAGAGAUUCAGUGCGACUUUGAAGACGGACUGUGCAACUGGAAGCAGGAAACGAGUGGAGGAGAUGUGUUUAACUGGACCCGCAUCCAGGGCCCGACUCCAACCCGAAACACAGGCCCAUGGAAGGACCACACGCUGGGGAACACCUCCGGUCAUUACCUCUACAUUGAGUCUUCCCUCCCCCAGGAGUUCAAGGACACAGCUGUGCUGCUGAGCCCCAUAUUUGAACCCACCUACCAGCCUGGCAAGGACCCACCUUUUCCCCCCCACCACCGCUGUGCUUUUCGCUUCCAUUACUGUAUGUUUGGAUCGCACGUGUUCAGCCUCGCGGUGUACUUGAGGACAACCACGACAGGCCGUGGCGUGCUCCUCUGGGCAAAAUAUGGAAACCAAGGAAACCUAUGGCACAGGAAGACUAUGUACCUGCACAGUGCGCACCCUUUCCAGAUUUUAAUUGAAGGUACAGUUGGAGAUGAUUUUGAAGGAGACAUUGCGAUCGAUGACCUUUCCUUCCUGGACUGUCAGCUGUUUCAUGGAGAGCUACCUUCUCCGAUCACCCCACCACUGACCACUCCGGCCCCGACAGCCAUACCCAACAAUUGUCCCGAGGGGCAGUUUGUGUGUGGAACACAUAGCGAGUGUGUUUUACUCAGCCAAGUGUGCGACUUCAAGCAGGACUGUUCUGAUGGAUCAGAUGAAACAAACUGCGUGAAGGAAAGAUGCAAUUUCGAAGGCGGCGUUUCUUGCGGCUGGACUGUCGUUAGUCCUUCUUUCAGCGUGAACCACGUCUUUCGCUGGGCAGCUGACCAGGGGGAAAGCAGUCAUAAUGGAGAGCAGAACCACCGUCCAACUAACGACCACACUCUUAACAGCCCUAAGGGUUGGUAUAUGUAUGCAGACAGCUCAAAUGGCGGCUAUGGUCAGUUCUCUGACCUCCAAACACCAGUCAUCUCCUCCACUGCUCCACAGUGCACCCUCAUAUUCUGGUACCACAUGAGUGGAUUCACCGUGGGAACCCUGCAGGUGCUGUUCAGACACAAAAACCUCACCCAUGUGGUUUGGUCUCAGACCGGUAACCAAGGCAACGGAUGGAAACGAGCUGAAGUGUUUUUGGGUUUAUCAAAUGACUUUCAGGUGGUGUUCAGGGCGAAACGAGGGAUCAGCUACAUGGGGGACGUAGUGAUAGAUGAUGUCAGCUUCCGGGAUUGCUCCCCCGUUCUUCCAUCCGGCCAGCCGUGCACAUCAGAGGAGUUUGCCUGCGCAAACAGCCACUGCAUCCCUCAGGACAAUUUGUGUGACUUCAUCAACCACUGCGGGGAUAAUUCAGAUGAGGACCCUUUCAUCUGCAAGGGCUUUAGUGGACGCUGCAAUUUUGAGUUUGACCUUUGCUCUUGGCGCCAGUGCCGACAGGACGACUUUGACUGGCUGAUCAAAGCAGGCAGCACCCCAACUCUUGGAACGGGCCCGUCCAGUGACCACACCUUGAGAGAUCCCACUGGACACUACCUCUACCUGGAAAGCUCAUUCCCUCAGGCGGUGGGUGACGCUGCCCGUGUGAUUGGACCCUUACUGAGCAGAAGGAGUUCACAGUGCAAGAUGCGUUUCUACUAUCACAUGUCUGGAGACGGUAUCGGAACCCUCAGUGUUUUCGCUAAAACCGAGGAAAGUCUUCACCUCCUGCUGAACCUGACUGGAGAUCAGGGCAACUACUGGCAAAUGAAGGAACUCCAGCUGAGCUCCUCUGCAGACUUCCAGGUGGUGUUUGAAGGGAAGGUGGGGCGCAGCGAAAAGGGAGACAUCUGUCUGGACGAUAUCACCUUCUCUCCAGGAUGCCUCCUCUCCCCCACAGUGUUGGUAACGGACAGCACUCCUCCUCCUACUCCUCCAACAGGGUUCUGUCCUCCAGGGGCUUCCGUUUGUGGAAAAGGCAGCUGUUACACUCCAGAGCAGAUGUGUGACUUCACCGACGAUUGCAGCGACGGUACGGACGAGGAGGACUGUGGCACCUCCUGCUCGUUUGAGAACGGCCGCUGUGGCUGGAAGAGUUCGCUGGCUGAUAACUUCGACUGGGCUCUCGGUACCGGAUCUCUUCAAAGCAUACGGCCGCCGUAUGACCACACGCUGAUGGAUGACAACGGCCAUUUUGUCUACCUGGAGGCCACUCCGGUGGGACUGAAAGGCGACAAAGCUCAUAUAAGGAGUUCUGUUUGGAAAGAGUCAAGCGCUGUCUGCAAGCUGUCCUUCUGGUACUACCUUUCCCAUAAGGCCACAGGGACCAUCCGGCUGCUGAUCAAGAUGGAGGACAGCUUAAUUGAGAUGUGGAAUAAAACGGGACAUCAGGGAAACCAGUGGAUCCAAGCGGUGGUCCCCCUGAGGAACCUCAGGAACUUUGAAGUGAUUUUCGAGGGGAUUCGCUCCCGAGACGUCAGCGGAGGAGCUGCCCUGGAUGACCUGGAGUACAUCGACUGUGCUCCGAGCGCUGUGGAGCCAGGUAGAUGUCCUGCAGCCACAGACUUUGUGUGUGAGAGCGGCCAUUGCAUAGAGUCCCACCUGGUGUGCGACAACAAGGCCGACUGUGCCGAUGAAUCAGAUGAGAAGGACUGUGACUACAUAUUUGGCUCACCGGGUGCUUGUGGCUUCAACAUGGAGGACGACAGGUGGGAGCAGGUCUGCCAGCUCUCUCAGGACCCUGACGAUGACUUUGACUGGAGGAUCGGCCACAAGACAGAGACAGGAGUUGGACCUCAGUCUGACCACAGUCCAGAUGGCGGUGGGAACUUUCUGUACAUACAUUCAGCCACUCAAAGGGAGGGUGAUGUUGCCAAGGUGACGACGACGAACCCAUUUCCUGCCAGCAUCGGUCUAUGUCACCUGCGCUUUUGGUUCUUCAUGUACGGCUCGCCCAAAAUGGGAACCCUGAAGGUUUAUACCGUUGGAGCUAAUGGGACACCUUUGCUUAUGUGGGCCACUACUGGAAACCAUGGAAACCAGUGGACAUAUGCCAACGUCGUCCUGUCUAACACAAAAGAUUUCAGAGUGACUUUCCAGGCGGAGGUGGGUGGAGACAUGUGGACGGACAUCGCCCUGGACGAUAUCUCGUACACAGCAGAGUGUGUGGUCGGAGGACCAUUAACCCCUCAGCCUUUGACCUGUGACGCUGACCAGUUCCAGUGCACGCACUCGUUCCAGUGCAUCCCAAAGACCUGGUGGUGUGAUGGCUCUCCGGACUGCGCGGAUCAGUCUGAUGAAGAGCGCUGCCCGACUGCCCUGCCUGGAACCGUUCCUCCUCAAGGCGACUGUCCCGACGAGAAUUUCCAGUGUUCGGACCUUCGGUGUCUCCCUGCCUUACUGCGCUGCGACGGGGUUUACGACUGCCCCAACGGAGAGGACGAACACAGCUGCCCGUUGCUGCAGUGUGAGCCGGGAGAGCUCGUGUGUGAGAGUUGGCCCGGUUGUGUCCCGCUUCACAUGCGCUGCGACCACUCCGCAGACUGUCAGCCGUUCCACUCAGACGAGUCCAGCUGCCAUGAGUGCCCUCCAGCGUACUGCCAGGGUCACGGUUCAUGCUAUCUUGAGGAAAACGGACCUCUGUGCUUGUGUGAGCCGGGAUGGUCGGGCAAUCGCUGCCAUGUGAAGGAGAAACCGUCCCUCACCACCUCAUCACCAACUGUCGAAGCCACGCAGCUUGAUACGGUUUACGCUGGCAUCGGUAUAGGCCUGGUGCUGCUCUUGGCUGGACUCGCCGUGUGCUUUCUUGCCCUGUGCAAGAAAAAAUGUGGCUUUGUAAAAGCUGACCCAAUGAAAUACGGCGUGAUGGAUAAUCCGAGCUUUGACUGGAGAGCAGAGAAUCCAUCAGAGGACAAAAGUCCAGACAGCGGUCCACCCAUUAACCCCAAAACGAGUGACGGUCUUGGGCUUCCUAUCAGCGUCUACCCCUGGAGAAGAGAGGUGGAGCAGGGUUCAAACUGGAAAGACGCCAAGCUAUCCUUCUCCAACCCAAUGUACAAUUACCCCUGUGACACUAAUGGCGCUGGCAAGAGAAGCUCAGAAGAAUAAAAUCGAUAAAACUUGA